AUGACAGCAUGGAUUCAAGGACCAGAGAGCAAAAAGCAAAGUGCAGAGCCAAAGAGCCAAAUAUCAGGGGUAAAGGUCCGGCUCAGAGGAGCUCUGUGGCUGGUGCUGGCCAUGCUCUGUCUGUCCAUGCUGCUGGUGGUGCUGGGCUCCUACAUAGUGACCCGCACAGACAGCCUGAAUGUUAGCGGCCAUGUCUCCGGAGGCAUUCUUACCCUUGGUUCUUUCCUGGGACUUCUGGGACUCCUCCUGGAAGAAAACCGCAAGAAGCUGUUGUCAGCUUCCCGCACAUUCUUCAUCUUUGGGAUCAUCGCCUCCUUUUUGUGCCUGCUGUUUGACAGCACCACGGUCGCCCUACAAAUGGAUAUGAGUCCGCUGAGGGCAGGGAGGUGCCAGUAUUACAGCAGUGGCAGCAGCUACAUCUAUGAGAACUCCUACGCCACUGUGUCUUGUAAGGAUUUGAGGGAUUCCUGUACGGUUACUGUGCGGAGUGGGACCUGCUUCUGCUGCGACCUGUAUGACUGCGCCAGAGGAGACUAUCUCGAAAACUACUACGAGUUUGUCGGCGUGCGAAGCUGCGAGGACGUCUUCACGCUCUACGUGUUAAUUUGGACGCUUGCCGGCCUGAACUUCAUCGCCUUAUUCACAGGGAUCUCGACCACCGCAGUGCUGGAUAGCAUCAAGGACUUUAACAGUAGCAGCCCUGCAAGUGAACACAUCCGGAAUGCAGCAUCAUCCCCUACAGCUCCUCGGCUGAUGGACGACAACUUACACACACCAGGGCAGCUCCACUCCAAUGGAGCGUCAGUGUUGUUCCCUCCAGCAGAAACAACAUUUGGCUCACAGGGAUUUCUUUCCUCAGCGGCCUCCGAGUCCAUUCCAGCCCCCCUUUCUGCGCCGACCGCUCCUCCUCACUGA